UGACGCGUCUUUCAAUUCUGUCCAAUCGCUGACUUUGGAGGUAAAAAUACGGAAAAAGAGAAAGAUGUCGCAUCACUUCGGCAGUUUUACAUCUUAAACAGUGUGUCGUGGGAUAACCGUUGGUUUUUUACUAGUUAUUGCGAACGUGUUUAUCAUUCUUGAUAGUUUGGGUUUUUCGAAAGUGUUUGUUGAGUAGUUAUGUGACCACCGCAGCUGAUACGCGACACUGAAUUAACUUCGUGGCGUCACGGUCUUGACACUGUGCAUGAGUCAAAGUAGGUUUCACCGAUGGAGAUCACCCCUAAAUCAGCUAAAGUAAAAUCAGUGUGUUCUCCACCUUGUAAUUCAGUGGAGUCAAGCCCCUGUGAAUACAGAGAGGAAAAGCCUCAUCAGAAGCUGAGUUCCUCACUGAAGGAGAGGCUGAAGAGAUCAAGGCGCUCCUUCAUCUCCCCCUCCUCUGUGGCCAAACGACUUUGUGUUGAUGACUUGGAGGAGGGUGGCCAGCAAGUUCCAGCAGACUCCCAGGGGACCGUUCAUAAUCCUCCUCUCAUCAUGCGCAAUGUUGAUGUAAACAUAAGUGAUGCGAGAUCAGGGAGUGAAGGUUUUUUUGGACCCAUUUCCGAACCAACACAUCUUCCUUCAAAAGACUUGGCACAACAACGAGAUCAACUCAGGAAGGAGGUUAAAGACAAGAUAGAGACUCUGCGCAGACUCAGGAUGGUUAAAAUGUACCGAAGCAAGAAUGAUUUAACACAGCUCCAAACCUUGACUGAGAAGUGGCGGAGUUGUGCUCAGGCUGCACUGUGUGAGCUCCAGUCAGAUGUCCCGGUAGACGGACGAAAGGCCAGCCUGUCUGAGCUUAUAGACCUCUUUGGUCUGGAUGACGCCAUUCUGCACUUUGAACGCACAGAGGAGGACUUCACUACCUAAUAAUAUGCUCUGGAACAUACACAUCAUUUGUAUUAUCAGUUAAAAAAAAAAAAAAAAAGUCCACUGCAGAG